GCCCCGCGCACCCACCCGGGUGCGGCCGCGUCCAGCAUGGCCGGCCUGGGUCCCGGCGGGGGCGACGCGGAGGGCGGCCCCCGGCCCCUGUUCUGCAGGAAGGGCGCUCUCCGGCAGAAGGUGGUCCACGAGGUCAAGAGCCACAAGUUCACCGCCCGCUUCUUCAAGCAGCCCACCUUCUGCAGCCAUUGCACCGACUUCAUCUGGGGGAUCGGGAAGCAGGGCCUGCAGUGCCAAGUCUGCAGCUUCGUGGUGCACCGGCGAUGCCAUGAGUUUGUGACCUUCGAGUGCCCGGGCGCCGGCAAAGGCCCCCAGACGGACGUGAGUGUCCCCACCCUGGGCCCCUCGGCUCCCGGCCCAAUUUCUGCUGCUAUUUUUAAGGCUGGUCGGGCAGGGGGGCUGGAGGGGGGAGCUCUGGCCCAGAUUCCCUGCCCUUGGCCUGGAAAGGGGUGA